GACAUAUGAUUCGGAGUUUGCGUCCGACCGUCAAAAACGAAAACUAAAUUCAUUCAUUUUCGGGUUCUCAGUAAAGCUAAUCGCGUAAUUGGAAUCGUUCCAACAUUUGUUUACGUUCGCUGGGAUUAAUCAGCACUUCGGUUUAGCCGUGUAUUCCUUUGUUCUCGCCUGUGUUUUACAUUCGUGUACUCCAGUGAUUCUUUACAUAAAAUAUACGUUUUGGUUGUUAAUAAUGGGGUCUCUUCAAGCUGAAAGCGAGGAGAAGCAGGAGAUGGAUGACAGUGGCUGCAUACAGGACGAAACACCACCUUCAAAGCGUUACCCUAACGGGGUCCAAGGGGUCCAACUCUUGGACCUCUCAGAUGACGUCCUACUGAUGAUAUUGCGGUACCUCACGCCAAGAGACCUCAGAGCGUUGGGAUAUACCUGCCCUCGCCUAGGCGCGCUCAUACUGGACCGCUCUCUCUGGCAAACCGUAGACGGGCGCGCGCAGCCGUGGGGCCGGGCGCGCCUCCGCUGGUACCUAGCGCGCGCGCUGCACGCGGGCACGCGCGAGCUGCUGGUCAGCGGCUACGCGAGGGAGGCGAGAGAAUGCCUCGGCCACGUCAACCAGACGAGAGAGGAGAUAGAGGCAGCGAAGGAGAGGGGAGAUAAGGACAACGCGAAGGAAGAGGACAACAAUAAUCAGCCCGACGAACGGAGAUUUGCAGCACAGCGGGUGAUAGAGGUCCCGGCGCUGGGACCCAAUGCUCAGCUCUACAUAGAUGACCAGAGUUCAAACUCCCCAGAAGCGUUCGCCUGGCCGCGUCCAUCCGACCCUAUAAUCUCGGAUAGCACGUGCCCGGGGCCCCAGUUCACACUGACACCAUCUACGCUCCGGCAGCUGGCCGACACGUGCCCGACGCUCACAUCCCUCGCGCUAGAGUACUGCAACAUCAACUGUAACUGUACGAGCAUCAGCAUGUUUCCACCGACCCUCAAGAAGCUGUCGCUCCGCGGGUCCAAAUGUUACAACCUGCCCCUGGAUCGCUCGUUCCUGUUUAAAAUACAGGACUCUCUGCCCGAUUUGGAAUCGCUGGACGUGAGCGAAUGCGAGUGGAUGGAGCCAGCCACCCUCCUCCCCUUGAGCAAGCUGCCCGUAUUGAAACACCUUUACGCUCGGGAUUGCCUGCGACUGACAGAGUUUGUGGCAUACGCCUCUCUAGCCACUAGAUACGGGUUCACUAAACUACAGUCACUAGAUCUCCGCGGCUCACCCGUGGGCGACUCCGAGGUGUCGGCGCUAGGCUGGCUCGCCACGCUGAGCCGCCUGUGGCUGUCCCCCGCGCGCGCCGCCCCUCCCCCCGCGCAGCACGCGCACCGCGACCGGGACCCUCCGCCCGCCGCCAGCGCCCAGGACCAGUGGGAGGACCAGCACGCGCACCGCGACCGGGACCCUCCGCCCGCCGCCAGCGCCCAGGACCAGUGGGAGGACCAGCACGCGCACCGCGACCGGGACCCUCCGCCCGCCGCCAGCGCCCAGGACCAGUGGGAGGACCAGCACGCGCACCGCGACCGGGACCCUCCGCCCGCCGCCAGCGCCCAGGACCAGUGGGAGGACCAGCACGCGCACCGCGACCGGGACCCUCCGCCCGCCGCCAGCGCCCAGGACCAGUGGGAGGACCAGCACGCGCACCGCGACCGGGACCCUCCGCCCGCCGCCAGCGCCCAGGACCAGUGGGAGGACCAGCUGUGGCUGUGUAGCUGUCUCCCCCCACGGCAGCACGCGCACCGCGACCGCGACCCCCCGCCCGCCGCCAGCGCCCAGGACCAGUGGGAGGACCAGCACGCGCACCGCGACCGCGACCCCCCGCCCGCCGCCAGCGCCCAGGACCAGUGGGAGGACCAGCUGUGGCUGUGUAGCUGUCUCCCCCCACGGCAGCACGCGCACCGCGACCGCGACCCCCCGCCCGCCGCCAGCGCCCAGGACCAGUGGGAGGACCAGGAACCAGAGUAUUUCAAGAUAAAGGAGCCAGACUACGACGACACGAAUACUCCUGAACAGUGUCCAGACGAGAACAAUCAUACUUGGCAGGCCAAACUUAACGGCACAUCUUCGGAUUACAGCAGCUCAUUACCGACUGUCCUCAGCUCUCCAACGAUGAUCAUUAACGCAUCACCACUUCGGCCAGGAUCGACCCCAAGGUCCAACCCUCCAAGACCCUCAGGGUCAAGACCUGACUCCAAUGACAGUCCAUCGAUAUCCAACUCAUCUCCAAAUGAACCAAAAGCCUCAAGUCCAACUAUGGUUAUACAUGCUUCACCGACACGACCAGGCUCUUCUAAUGACCAAAGAUCAACAAUAUCCCGUCUAUCUAUGUCCCCUAAUAUAUCAAUAACUCCUCGACCGAACGUUAGUCCACCAAAAACUUGUUGUAACAUCAUCACUCCGUCUAGUGUGUUGAAAUCUAGAUCAAAUUCGAAUCCCGGACCAUCGAAGAAACGGAAGACUAGCUCGCCAAGCCCAGGGCCUUCGAAAAGGAAACGUGAUGAUGAUAGCUCAAGUUCUGAUGAUGAUGAUGUUCCAUUGAAGUGUCUCAUCAAGCCUAAUGUCAAUGAAGGGGCUAGUACUUCGAAAGAAUCGGAAGAAGAGAAGGAAGAUGAGACAGAAGAGGCAGAAGAGAAUGGACAAGAGGAGGAAGAAGCUCAACCCCGCCACCACGUCCUAUACGUAAAUGUGGGCCAACGCCUCCACGCAGUAUACCGCCUCUCCCUAGACAACGAACACGUAGUCUCCUUUAACCGAAACUCUAACUUAAACCACAACACUAGAAACAUCUUUCUAUCACCACCCGGCUCACAUCUAGACGCGUCAUCACUUGUGACAGACUCCGCUAUUAGAAGAUUUGGGAGAGCUGACGGGGAAGAUAUCAACUAUGUCCAUAUAGGCCCAAAUGGUCCUUAUCCGGGCGCUCAGGUCCCCGGUGCUAGGCCUGACAGGUCUUCUCUUACGCAUCUAAGCGUCACUGGUUUCAGGACUAUUACGGAUAGGAGUCUAGAUCACUUGGCGACGUCGGCGCCAUUGCUACAGUUCCUAGAUUUGUCUGAAACUAAUGUAACUGAUGCCGGUGUAGCGGCUUUUAGAAGUUUGAGGCCCGAUUGUGAGGUGAUUUAUAGUAAGUAUGAGAAGAAAGAUUGAAUCUAGUAUAAGCUAGUUAUCUAUAGGAUAGAGAUACCCUAGUUUAUUAGUAGUGUUACAGAAUAAAUAAUAGUACUACCGUACAGAAAGGACACUUCAUACAAAACCGAAGUUUGACAGCGGUUCAGGGUCGAAUCAUGCAAUCAUUGGCACUAUUCCUUUUGGCUAUUUAGUGUUGUCAAAAUUCGAGUGAUUAUCUAAUCUGUGGUCGAGUGCGCAGAAGGACGUUAACUUGUGUCAACCCUAACAGUGUACCCGACUGUCGGGUCUAUGGCCCUGAAUGUGUUAAAGGUCUCUGGCGGCUAGAGGGCCAAAUAUAAUUUCCUUCGCCCUAUUUUUGAAAGCUAUCGUGAUAGGGGGUUGUGAAGGGAAUUGAAUGAGACUGAAUGAAUUGGAUAAGAUUUUAUUCACUAUGAUGAUGAUGAUGAUGUAUACUAUAGUUUACAUUGCAUAGUACACAGACAAAACAUCCUCCAGACUGAGCAUAGUCGCGCUACCCCCUCUGCCACGCAUACGGUAAUUUUACUCCAUGUUCGAGUCGAAGGUGUCUUUGUGUGACGUCCGUGUCUUUGAACGAACCAAUCACGGCACGGGACUUCGCUCACCUCG